ACACGCACACAAUCUAUUUAACCCACAGCCACUCGCUCCUCUCCUCUUACUCGAACGUAGAAGAAGCGAGGUUCCACACCGCUAGUGAUAAGUCUACGCCUGUUGUAGUCACAUUGAAGAGAUUGAGCAGACGCUACAAGUUACGUACCAACUGUGAGUUCCUGUAGUGUGCCCGGACUUCACUGAUGUAACAAUUGGAACAACGCUACCAGGCAAGUGUAACGUUAAACUGCUAGCAGAUGGUAUGAAUGUAGAAAUGGAGGGACAUUUUCAUCAAUUUAUUAGUAUGUUUAAAAUGCUUGUGGUUAUGAAGCUUGUUAUCGAUUUAGUACUUUGUGUUGUAUUAGGGUUUCAAGUCGCCCUGUUUCGAAAUCAAGCUUUUGAGACAAGGUCCUAGAAAUUUAGCGUUGAAGUUAGUAGUAAGAAAUUUAGCGUUGGGGUUAAUAGUAAGAAAUUGUCGGACUCCAACCUUGCGUCACAGUUUUGUGUGUUUGUGUGUUUUUUUUGUGUGAUUGGUUGGGGGAAGGUGGUGGGGGGGGCGGGAAAAAGUGUGUAUGUGGGGGUGGGGGGACCACGAUAAUUCUUGCUCCUAUGCAUGUAUAGGGGAUUUGCAAUUUUUCUGUGCCUGGUAUUGAAGAGUAUAUUUCACUGGUUGCAAGGGCUACUUUGUGAGUGUAUUAUGAACUGGGGGUCGGAAAGCCUGAGGCAAUAGACGCAAAUGUUUUAGGUGUGUUGAACUUCAAUUGUUCCUUUUGGAAGCUUGUUCCAGACCCUGACUGUCUUUAGCAGGAAUAAGCAGUUCCUGUACUGGCUUCUACUGGUAUGUGCCGGAACUGCUUGUCAUGGCCUCGUCGCUGUCUAUGGGGGAGAGGGACGAGUUUCUGUUUAAUACUGGAGCAUUGGACCUGACCAUUAUUUAUCUUGUACAUCAUCGAGAGCCUGGAUAGUCCUCGUUCCUCCAAUGGUGACCAGCCAAGUGUUUCCAGCAUGCUCCCAACACUAGAGUUAUUUCUGUAGCGGUUCAGGGCAAAGGACUUUAGGUCACAAUAGUUGAUCCUGUUCUUUGGUCACAGUAGUUGAUCCUGUUCUUUGGUCACAGUAGUUGAUCCCGUUCUUUGGUCGCAGUAGUUGAUCCCGUUCUUUGGUCACACUUGUUGAUCCAGUUCUUUGGUCACACUAGUUGAUCCUGUUCUUUGGUCGCAGUAGUUGAUCCUGUUCUUUGGUCGCAGUAGUUGAUCCUGUUCUUUGGUCACAGUAGUUGAUCCCGUUCUUUGGUCGCAGUAGUUGAUCCCGUUCUUUGGUCACACUUGUUGAUCCAGUUCUUUGGUCACACUAGUUGAUCCUGUUCUUUGGUCGCAGUAGUUGAUCCUGUUCUUUGGUCGCAGUAGUUGAUCCUGUUCUUUGGUCACAGUAGUUGAUCCCGUUCUUUGGUCGCAGUAGUUGAUCCUGUUCUUUGGUCACAGUAGUUGAUCCUGUUCUUUGGUCACAAUAGUUGAUCCUGUUCUUUGGUCACACUUGUUGAUCCAGUUCUUUGGUCACACUAGUUGAUCCUGUUCUUUGGUCACACUAGUUGAGGAAAAGCUAACUAGAAUUUGUUACAUCUCAAAUAAAGAAAAGAUGAAGUUGAUGGUCAUUUCAUAGAACCUGGGCUCAAAUUGAUUUUAGGACAUUAUAUUUUGUUUUGCUAACCCUCCUAGGUAUGCUACUCCAAGCUAUUGGCAUUGUCACUAAUGACACACUUCCUCGUAGGAUGAUUACUGAAUAUGCUAUUAUUUUUAUAUAUAUAUAUUUGUUUUACAGAUUUGGAUUCAGAUUGAUCUCAAAUUUGCUGGAAGAUUUGGUAAAGAAAACGUAAUUAUUGGAAAAGAACACCUAAUUAUUGGAAAUAAACCAAAUUUUUGGAAUGAAUCGAAAAGUCCCGUAAGUGUUUAUUAAAAUUUUCAAAGAAAAAUUGUGUGCGAACUAUGGUUAAUGUUCAUUUAUAAUGAUUGCAGUCGAAAUAUUAAACGAUUAGUGUUUUAAACACACAAUUAUUGAUUCCUAUUGCAACAAACACAGAUUAAUUGAUUCUUAUUGCAACAAACACACAUUUAUUUAUUCUUAUUGCAACAAACACACAUUUAUUGAUUCUUAUUGCAACAAACACAAAUUUAUUGAUUCUUCAUGCAACAAACACACAUUUAUUGAUUCUUAUUGCAACAAACACACAUUUAUUGAUUCUUAUUGCAACAAACACAAAUAUAUUGAUUCCUAUUGCAACAAACGCACAUUAAUUGUUUCCUAUUGCAACAAACACACAUUAAUUGAUUCCUAUUGCAACAAACACACAUUUAUUGAUUCUUAUUGCAACAAACACACAUUAAUUGAUUCCUAUUGCAACAAAAACACAUUUAUUGAUUCUUAUUGCAACAAAUACACAUUUAUUGAUUCCUAUUGCAACAAACACACAUUUAUUGAUUUUUAUUGCCACAAAAACACACACGAACGUUAAACAACAAACAAACAGAAACUAAUAUCUAAAGAAAUGUCCUUGGCAGGAAAUGUAGUCUGUGCAUUCUUUUGAUUGAUGAGAUAGCAAAGUUGUGAUUCAUAUUUACCUCAAUGUUAAAAUACUUUGUCUUAAACUUCUCCAUAGUUAGUAUUCUGAAUCUAAGUCUAUUUCAUUAAUUUCAAGAGCAACUAACGUAUCGGUUAUAUGGAGAAAUACAUUGUUUACAUGAUGAAUCAAAGUGGUUACACUAUGAAACAUUUAGGUUUUAUAAUCAAAGUGGUUACACUAUGAAACAUUUAAGUUUUAUAAUCAAAGUGGUUACACUAUGAAACAUUUAGGUGUUAUAAUCAAUGUGGUUACAAUUUUUAAAAACCUAUUUGUGGAACUUGAUAGUUAUAAGUUUUUUCUUAGAUGUUGCUAUAUGCCACAAGAUAAUGGUAAUACGGUAAAACUAGAUGGUGGUAAUAAAGUAGCACGCGCUCUGUGCCUCGUUGGUAGCUGUGGCAAUCAAAUCCAGGAAUUCGUCUGUCAGAUAUGUUGGACAUGCUCCCGAGAAAUGAUUCAGAGGAGACCCCAGCUCUUAGCGCUAAAGAUGAUUUCCAUUGCUAGAAGGGAAGGGACCAUUUGUCACACAACCAAUCAUCAACUGUCUAUUUGUAACUCAACCAGUCAUCAACUAACUAUUUGUAACACAACCAGUCAUCAAAUGGCUAUUUGUAACGCAACCAGUCAUCAACUGUCUAUUUGUAAUACAACCUGUCAUCAACUGCCUAUUUGUUAUACAACCAGUCAUCAACUGCCUAUUUGUUAUACAACCAGUCAUCAACUGUCUAUUUGAACAAAACCAGUCAUCAACUGCCUAUUUGGAGCAAAAUCAAUCAGCUAUUUAACCACCAUCAACCAUGUGGUAUCUAGCAUUGAUUUAACCACCGUCAACCUUGUGGUAUCUAGCAUUAAUUUAACCACUGCCAACCAUGUGGUAUCUAGCAAUGAUUUAACCACGGCCAACCCUUUUGUAUAUAGCAUUGAUUUAACCACGGCCAAACAUGUGGUAUCUAGAUUUGAUUUAACCACGGCCAAACAUGUGGUAUCUAGCAUUGAUUUAACCACCGUCAACCUUGUUGUAUCUAGCAUUGAUUUAACCACGGCCAACCAUGUGGUAUGUAGUAAGGAUUAAACCACCGUCAACCAUGUGGUAUUUAGCAGCGAUUAGACCACCGCCAACCAUGUGGUAUCUAGCAAGGAUGAGACCACCGCCAACCAUGUGGUAUCUAGCAAGGAUUAGACCACCGCCAACCAUGUGGUAUCUAGCAAGGAUUAGACCACCGCCAACCAUGUGGUAUGUAGCAAGGAUUAUACCACCGCCAACCAUGUGGUAUGUAGCAAGGAUUAGACCACCGCCAACCAUGUGGUAUGUAGCAAGGAUUAGACCACCGCCAACCAUGUGGUAUGUAGCAAGGAUUAUACCACCGCCAACCAUGUGGUAUUUAGCAGCGAUUAGACCACCGCCAACCAUGUGGUAUCUAGCAAGGAUUAGACAACCGCCAACCAUGUGGUAUUUAGCAGCGAUUAGACCACCGCCAACCAUGUGGUAUUUAGCAGCGAUUAUACCACCGCCAACCAUGUGGUAUUUAGCAGCGAUUAUACCACCGCCAACCAUGUGGUAUUUAGCAGCGAUUAGACCACCGCCAACCAUGUGGUAUUUAGCAGCGAUUAUACCACCGCCAACCAUGUGGUAUUUAGCAGCUAUUAGACCACCGCCAACCAUGUGGUAUUUAGCAGCGAUUAGACCACCGCCAACCAUGUGGUAUCAGACCACCCCCAACCAUGUGGUAUCAGACAACCGCCAACCAUGUGGUAUCUAGCAAGGAUUAGACCACCGCCAACCAUGUGGUAUCAGACCACCGCCAACCAUGUGGUAUCAGACCACCGCCCACCAUGUGGUAUCAGACCACCGCCAACCAUGUGGUAUCUAGCAAGGAUUAGACCACCGCCAACCAAGUGGUAGCAGACCACCGCCAACCAUGUGGUAUCAGACCACCGCCAACCAUGUGGUAUCAGACCACCGCCAACCAUGUGGUAUCAGACAACCGCAAACCAUGUGGUAUCUAGCAAGGAUUAGACCACCGCCAACCAAGUGGUAUCAGACAACCGCCAACCAUGUGGUAUCAGACCACCGCCAACCAAGUGGUAUCAGACAACAAUGUCACGAUAACUGCAGUUUCUUUUUCUUAAAUGCUAGACUAUCGUCAUCUUUAAAACAAGAAUUUCUUUGUGAAGAGACCCAAAAUGGGGUGGGGCAAGAAUCAUUACAGCUUAGAAACAAGAGGUGGGGCAAGAACCAUUACAGCUUAGAAACAAGAGGUGGGGCAAGAACCAUUACAGCUUAGAAACAAGAGGUUUGGCAAGAACCAUUACAGCUUAGAAACAAGAGGUGGGGCAAGAACCAUUACAGCUAGAAACAAGAUGGGGUGGGGCAAGAACCAUUACAGCUAGAAACAAGAUGGGGUGGGGCAAGAGCCAUAACAGCUUAGAAACAAGAUGGGGUGGGGGGCAAGAACCAUUACAGCUAGAAACAAGAUGGGGUGGGGCAAGAACCAUUACAGCUAGAAACAAGAUGGGGUGGGGCAAGAGCCAUAACAGCUUAGAAACAAGAUAGGGUGGGGGGCAAGAACCAUUACAGCUAGAAACAAGAUGGGGUGGGGCAAGAACCAUUACAGCUUAGAAACAAGAGGUGGGGCAAGAACCAUUACAGCUUAGAAACAAGAGGUGGGGCAAGAACCAUUACAGCUAGAAACAAGAUGGGGUGGGGCAAGAACCAUUACAGCUAGAAACAAGAUGGGGUGGGGCGGGCAAGAACCAUUACAGCUAGAAACAAGAUGGGGUGGGGCAAGAACCAUUACAGCUAGAAACAAGAUGGGGGGGGGGGGGCAAGAACCAUUACAGCUAGAAACAAGAUGGGGUGGGGCAAGAACCAUUACAGCUAGAAGCAAGAUGGGGUGGGGGGCAAGAACCAUUACAGCUAGAAGCAAGAUGGGGUGGGGGGCAAGAACCAUUACAGCUAGAAACAAGAUGGGGUGGGGGGCAAGAACCAUUACAGCUAGACACAAGAGGUUCAGCUUAGUACUCUUAAAAAAAACAACGUUCUGCUACACCUAUCAGGUGCUGCAGGUGAACACAGAAAGCUUCUUCAUCUUUUGUUAAUAUACAUUUUGUUUUUCGGCAUUGAGCAGACGCACUUCAUUUAAUCGUUAUUCACCAGCAUUACGGGUAGAUUUGACCUGGAAGUUGAACAUGUUUCACGUGUAAAGUCCCAUGAAGAAAUGACCUACUUUUACCUGUAGGCUCUUAUCUCUUUAAAGAAAGAACGCAGUAUGUUUCUGCAUCUAUGUGAUGGAUAUUACAUGCCAUAGAAACAUGUAGCUAUAUGAUGGAUAUUACCUGCCAUAAAAACAUAUACCUGCAUGAUGGAUAUUAAUAAUAUUACCUGUCACAGAAACAUCAACCUAUAUGUUUGAUGUUAGUAAUACUUGAUGUAACAGAAACAUGUACCUAUAUGUUUGAUGUUAGUUAUACUUGAUGUCACAGAAACAUGUACCUACAUGUUUGAUGUUAUUAAUACUUGAUGUCACAGAAACAUGUACCUACAUGUUUGAUGUCAGUAAUACUUGAUGUCACAGAAACAUGUACCUAUAUGUUUGAUGUUAGUAAUACUUGAUGUCACAGAAACAUGUACCUACAUGAUUGAUGUUAGUAAUACUUGAUGUCACAGAAACAUGUACCUACAUGUUUGAUGUUAGUAAUACUUGAUGUCACAGAAACAUGUACCUAUAUGUUUGAUGUUAUUAAUACUUGAUGUCACAGAAACAUGUACCUAUAUGUUUGAUGUUAGUAAUACUUGAUGUCACAGAAACAUGUACCUAUAUGUUUGAUGUUAGUUAUACUUGAUGUCACAGAAACAUGUACCUAUAUGUUUGAUGUUAGUUAUACUUGAUGUCACAGAAACAUGUACCUAUAUGUUUGAUGUUAGUAAUACUUGAUGUCACAGAAACAUGUACCUAUAUGUUUGAUGUUAGUAAUACUUGAUGUCACAGAAACAUGUACCUACAUGUUUGAUGUUAGUAAUACUUGAUGUCACAGAAACAUGUACCUACAUGUUUGAUGUUAUUAAUACUUGAUGUCACGGAAAAAUGUACCUAUAUGUUUGAUGUUAGUUAUACUUAUUGUCACAGAAACAUCGAGCCAAUAAUUAUGAAACUAGACAAAAAACCCAUGAGUAUUUCGAGUUGGGUUGGGAGAACCAGGGUUUCUCAUUUCCCAGGGUUUCUCAGUUCCCAGGGUUUCUCAUUUCCCAGGGUUUCUCAUUUCCCCGGGAUUCUCAUUUCCCAGGGUUUCUCAUUUCCCAGGGAUUCUCUUUUUCCAGGGUUUCUCAUUUCCCAGGGUUUCUCAUUUCCCAGGGUUUCUCAUUUCCUAGGGUUUCUCAUUUCCCAGGGUUUCUCAUUUCCCAGGGAUUCUCAUUUCCCUAGGAUUUGUUCUUCCCGGGAAAAUGGGAUAAAAGUGACUCCAGUACCGGCAUCUCUGCAUUUGCAGGAGAAAAAUUAUUAUGUCUAGCUUGUUCACUUCCUUCAUUUUUCCUUGCUUUAACCUUGUAAUAGAUGAAUGUAUGCUUACAUAAUAGACAUCAGAAUUAGACAAGUCGGUGAGGUUCGACUGAAACCGUCGCGGAGGGUCACGUUAGAGAUUUGAGAUUGGGGGAAAAUCGCGGGCUGCACUAACACUAAUAUUUGCUGUACGGCAUCGGGAAGGAAAAUAUCAUCUUACGGGCCUCAAAUGACCACGGACCACGAGUUUUAGACCCUGGUUUAAGAGAUGAAUAGGUCACUCACUUAGCAGAACAAUGAAUUUUUCAUAAUGUUCAGUUGUCCACAGGAAUCCAUUUUCUUGUUUUGUUUGCCUUUUUUAAAUUUUGGCAGUGUGUGCAUAUAUUUUAGAAUCUUAAAUAAUUUGAUAGUGUUUCCAUUAAAUACCAACGACGCAUCGCAAAUAUCUCUGAUUUAAAGUGCGGUGUUUGCGAUCGACAUUCGCAACAGUCUUUGUUAUAGGUGAUAUUAUGCUUGUUAAUAGCCUUAGUAAUAGAUUAUAUUUUUGUCAAUUGCCCUUGUCAUUGAAGAUUGCAUUUUUGUCAAGCAAAAGUCGGAUAAGACUUCAACACUUUGAAGUUUCCAAUCCUAACAGAUAUCGCGUUAAUCUGCCACUUUGAUUCUAUAUAAAUGUGGUAUGGAGGUAUUCUUUCACUUUGAUUCUAUAUAAAUGUGGUAUGGAGGUAUUCUGUCACUUUGAUUCUAUAUAAAUGUGGUAUGAAGGUAUUCUGUCACUUUGAUUCUAUAUAAAUGUGGUAUGGAGGUAUUCUGUCACUUUGAUUUUUUACGAAUUUGGUAUGGAGGUAUUCUGUCACUUUGAUUCUACAUGAAUGUGUUAUGGAGGCUGUAUGUCACUUUAAUUCUAUAUAAAUGGGGCAUUAUUGGCUUACUUUGAUUGUAUAUAAAUGUGGUCGUGACUUAAAAGCUUUUGGCAGCUUGUGUACUACCAGAGCUACUGACAGCUUGAGUACUACUAUUAUAGCUACUGACAACUUGUGUACUACCAGAGCUACUAACAGCUUGAGUACUACUAUUAUAGCUACUGACAACUUGUGUACUACCAGAGCUACUGACAGCUUGAGUACUACUAUUAUAGCUACUGACAACUUGUGUACUACCAGAGCUACUAACAGCUUGAGUACUACUAUUAUAGCUACUGACAACGUGUGUACUACCAGAGCUACUAACAGCUUGUAUACUACCACCAGAGCUACUGACAACUUGUGUACUACCAGAGCUACUGACAGCUUGUGUACUACUAUUAGAGCUACUGACAAAUUGUGUACUACCACCAGACCUACUGGCAGAUUGUUUACUACUACCACCUCUACCAUCACCACUACCCUAACUACUACCAGAGCAAAAUUGAGCAAAAUAAUUCAGCGCCUUCAACAAGAUUGGGGCUUAGAGUUGUGGCUACGAUUUGUAACAAACUGUUGAGCAAACUGUGACUUUGAAACAUUGAACAAUGUUGCUUGACUUUUAUUAUAGGGAAAUGUUGCUUGACUUUUAUUAUAGGGAAAUGUUGCUUUACUUUUAUUAUAGGGAAAUGUUGCUUUACUUUUAUUAUAGGGAAAUGUUGCUUGACUUUUAUUAUAGGGAAAUGUUGCUUGACUUUUAUUAUAGGGAAAUGUUGCUUUACUUUUAUUAUAGGGAAAUGUUGCUUUACUUUUAUUAUAGGGAAAUGUUGCUUGACUUUUAUUAUAGGGAAAUGUUGCUUGACUUUUAUUAUAGGGAAAUGUUGCUUUACUUUUAUUAUAGGGAAAUGUUGCUUUACUUUUAUUAUAGGGAAAUGUUUCUUAGAAUAAAAUGUAGAACGCGAUCCAGAGAUCCAUAUUUAAUGUUCUCACCAACACAGUAGUUUCAAGUGUUGUGUGCAUCUAGUGGUGUUUAGACCUGAGCUGUGUCGAUCUAAUGGUGUUUAGAACUGAAUUGUUUCGAUCUAAUGGUGUUUAGAACUGAAUUGUGUCGAUCUAAUGGUGUUUAGGACUGAAUUGUGUCGAUCUAAUGGUGUUUAGAACUGAAUUUUCUCGAUCUAAGGGUGUUUAGAACUAAGUUGUGUCGAUCUAAUGGUGUUUAGAACUGAAUUGUGUCGAUCUAAUGGUGUUUAGAACUGAAUUGUGUCGAUCUAAUGGUGUUUAGAACUGAGUUGUGUCGAUCUAAUGGUGUUCAGAACUAAAUUAUGUCGAUCUAAUGGUGUUUAGAACUGAGUUGUGUCGAUCUAAUGGUGUUUAGAACUGAGUUGUGUCGAUCUAAUGGUGUUUAGAACUGAAUUGUGUCGAUCUAAUGGUGUUUAGAACUGAAUUGUGUCGAUCUAAUGGUGUUUAGAACCGAGCUGUGUCGAUCUAAUGGUGUUUAGAACUGAAUUGUGUCGAUCUAAUGGUGUUUAGAACUGAGUUGUGUGGUUCUAUUUAGUGUUGUUUAGUCUUUACGCCAAUUAUAUGACUUCUCUAAACAGUUCUCUACUUUACUAAAUGCCUUGUCUUACAGUUCAUUGUCUAACAAUACCAUGUCAUUCAAUUUCAUGUCUAACAAUUCCAGGUCUUACAAUUCCAUGUCUUUCAAUUCCAUGUCUUACUAUUCCAUGUCUUACAAUACCCUGUCUUACAAUUCCAUUUCUACAAUUCCAGAGACCACAUUAUGAAGAUGUUCGACAAGUAUGUGGCAAACAAUGUCAGAGUGCUCAGCAAAGCUCAUGCUGUAGACAUGUUGAAGGUAAGUGAAAGCAUCGCUCUUCUAACAUGAACAUAGAUUAGUAUUGUUGCUUGGUGAACAUAGAUUAGUAUUGUUGCUUGGUGAACAUAGAUCAGUAUUGUUGCUUAGUGAACAUAGAUCAGUAUUGUUGCUUAGUGAACAUAGAUCAGUAUUGUUGCUUGGUGAACAUAGAUCAGUAUUGUUGCUUGGUGAACAUAGAUCAGUAUUGUUGCUUGGUGAACAUAGAUCAGUAUUGUUGCUUAGUGAACAUAGAUCAGUAUUGUUGCUUAGUGAACAUAGAUCAGUAUUGUUGCUUAGUGAACAUAGAUCAGUAUUGUUGCUUGGUGAACAUAGAUCAGUAUUGUUGCUUGGUGAACAUAGAUCAGUAUUGUUGCUUGGUGAACAUAGAUCAGUAUUGUUGCUUGGUGAACAUAGAUCAGUAUUGUUGCUUAGUGAACAUAGAUCAGUAUUGUUGCUUAGUGAACAUAGAUCAGUAUUGUUGCUUAGUGAACAUAGAUCAGUAUUGUUGCUUAGUGAACAUAGAUCAGUAUUGUUGCUUAGUGAACAUAGAUCAGUAUUGUUGCUUGGUGAACAUAGAUCAGUAUUGUUGCUUGGUGAACGAUAGAUCAGUAUUGUUGCUUGGUGAACAUAGAUCAGUAUUGUUGCUUACUUUCCUUAAUUUGUGACGUAAGUUUUGAGCUUUUUUUUUGUCUUUUUCAAAUCAGGCUGAGUUUGGCCUAGAUGAUCAAGAAGCUGAUGUUAUGUUCAACACAUUUGAUAAAGAUAAGAACGGCAAACUCAGUAUAUGGGAGUUUCAGCAAUUUUGUAUCUGCAUGGGAGAACAGUAAGUCACGUUUAUAUAUGUUUGGGAGAACAUUAAGUCACUUUUAUAUAUGUAUGGGAGAACAGUAAGUCACUUUUGUAUAUGUUGUAUAUGUACGGGAGAUCACUGAAUUUUGUAUCAAACCAUAUUUAGGGGAGAUUGGUGAAUUUAUUGUGUGGAUAUAUGGGAUAUUUUCAAUGUAUUUAUGAAUGUAUGGGGGAUAAUAAAGUCAUAUGUUUUUAUCAUGUGUGUUUGAUUGCGUGGCAGAUGACAGCAGAUUGCUGGAUUAGCAGCAGAUUGCUGGAUUAAAGGCAGACCAAUAACGGAAAGGAAAGAACAACAAAAAAGAUGGCGGAAUACUUUAGGGAAAUAUUAAACAGACCCCCACCAACAGACACACCAGACAACCAGCAAAUGAAGACUUACAAAUCAAAGAAAGCGCACCAAACAAGGUAGAAAUAGCUCUGGCCAUCAUUCGGAAUUAUUUUAAAUAGAAUAGGAGACCAGGUCGACAUGCAGCUACGAGAUCAUCAGGCUGGCUUCCGUUGAAACAGAUCAUGCACAGAUCAAAUUGCAACACUAAGAAUCAUUGUAGAACAGUCCGUCGAAUGGAGCUCUCCACUAUACAUACAUUUUAUAGACUACGAAAAGGCCUUUGAUAGCCUGGACCGACAAACCUUGUGGAAACUUCUUCGGCACUAUGGAGUACCAAGGAAACUAGUCAGGAUCAUUCAGAGCUCCUAUGAAGAAAUUACUUGCAGGGUGGUCCACGAAGGUAGACUCACAGAUGACUUUAAAGUGGAAACUGGAGUCAGACAAGGAUGUCUCUUGUCCCCCUUUCUAUUCAUCCUUGCCAUUGACUGGAUAAUGAAAAAAAACACAGACAAAAAGAGGAACAGGAUACAGUGGACAAUCUGGGAACAACUGAAUGACCUAGACUUUCAGAUGACAUUGCACUUCUGUCCCACAACCAGCAACAAAUGCAGGAAAAGACAAAAGACGUAGCCACCAUUUCAGCACAGCUCGGACUCAAUAUAAAUAAAAGCAAGACGAAGAUCAUGAAGGUAAACUCAUACAACCAAGAGCAUAUCUCUCUGGCAGGAAAGGCACUGGAAGAAGUGGAGACCUUGACAUACUUAGGCAGCACCAUCGAUAUAAAUUGCGGAUCGGAGGUUGAUGUAAGGGCCAGAAUUGGAAAAGUUAGAUCAGCAUUAGUGCUAUUAAAGAAAAUAUGGGAGUCGAAGGAGCUAAAGCUGCAAACCAAAGUCAGAAUCUUUAACUCUAAUGUCAAAAUAGUUCUACUAUAUGGAGCAUAAACUUGGAAAACAACACCGAUUCAUUACGCAGAAAGUACAGUCCUGCAUAAACACAUGCCUUAGAAAGAACUUGAACAUCAAAUGGUCAAAUACUAUAACUAAAAAAGAUCUACUAGAAAGGACUUACCAGUUGCACAUUUAUGAAGACAUCAUAAAGAGAAGAUGGAGGUGGAUAGGGCAUACUCUCCGAAAACCCCCAGACAGCAUCACCAGACAGUCUCUAACAUGGAAUCCAGAGGAAAAGAGAAAGAGAUGAAGCCCAAAGAAUACACUGAGACGCGGGCUAGAGGAUGGCACGCAAAAUAUGGGCUACACCUGGAAGCACAGGAAGGAAAGCACAGGAAGGAAAGCACAUGAAGGAAAGCACAGGAAGGAAAGCACAGGAAGGAAAGCACAGGGCCGUGAUGAAUGGAAAAUUCUUGUGGACGGCCUAUGACCCAGACGGGGUUAAAGGCAUAAGAAGAAAAAGAAGAUAUAACUGGAUUAACGGCAGAUUGCUGGAUUAGCACCAUAUUGUUGGAUUAGCAGCAGAUUACUGGUGCUAUAGCACUUUGUUGGAUUAGCGGCAGAUUGCUGUAUUAGCAUGAGCGGCGUAAUGCUGAAUUAACAGCACAUUGCUGGAUUAGCGGCAGAUUGCUUGAUUAGCGGCAGAUUGCUGGAUUAGUGGCAUAUUGAUGGAUUAGCUGCAGAUUAGCAGCAGAUUGCUGGAUUAGCGGCAGAUUGAUGAAUUAGGAGCAAACUGCUGAAAUAAUUGCAUAUCGAUAAAUUAGCUGCAGAUAAGCAGUAGAUUGCGGGAUUAGCGGCAGAUUGUUGGUAAAGCAGCAGAUUGCUGGAUUACAGGCAGAUUACUGGAUUAGUGACAGAUUGCUGGAUCAUCAUCACUUUGUUGGAUUAGCAGCACAUUGCUGGAUUAGCGGCAGAUUGAUGGAUUAGCAGCAGAUAACUGGAUUAGUGGCAUAUUGAUGGAUUAGCUGCAGAUUAGCAGCAGAUUGCUGGAUUAGCAGCAGAUUGCAGGAUUAAAGGCGGAUUGUUGGAUUAGCGGCACAUUACCGAAUUAGGAGCAGAUUGCUGGAUUAGCGGCAGGCUGAAAAAAUAAUAAUCAUUUAGAGAAACUUUGUGUACAGGCCCUUUAUGGCCCUCGAGUACAGGCCCCUGCAUGGCCCUCGAGUACAGGCCCCUGCAUGGCUCUCAAGUACAGGCCCCUGCAUGGCCCUCGAGUACAGGCCCCUGCAUGAGCAGAUGGCUGGAGUAGCGGCAGGCUGAAAAAAUAAUAAUCAUUUAGAGAAACUGUGUGUACAGGCCCUUUAUGGCCCUCGAGUACAGGCCCCUGCAUGGCCCUCGAGUACAGGCCCCUGCAUGGCUCUCAAGUACAGGCCCCUGCAUGGCCCUCGAGUACAGGCCCCUGCAUGGCUCUCGAGUACAGGCCCCUGCAUGGUUCUCGAGUACAGGCGCCUGCAUGGCCCUCGAGUACAGGCCCCUGCAUGGCCCUCGAGUACAGGCCCCUGCAUGGCCCUCGAGUACAGGCCCUGCAUGGCCCUCGAGUACAGGCCCCUGCAUGGCCCUCGAGUACAGGCCCCUGCAUGGCCCUCGAGUACAGGCCCCUGGAUGGACAAAAGACGUAGCCACCAUAUCAAUGUUAAAACGCGUUGCAAAAGUUUCGUGAAAUGUUAAGAGAUUCUUAACACACUUAAUCAUAAAAGGAACCUGGGAACAAAGGUUAAUUAUAAUAAUGAAUCAUGUGUGACGGGCUUGUAAAUGAAUCGUGUAACGAGUGGGCUUGUAAAUGAAUCGUGUAACGAGUGAGCUUGUAAAUGAAUCAUGUAGUGAGUGGGCUUGUAAAUAAAUCAUGUAGUGAGUGGGCUUGUAAAUGAAUCAUGUAGUGAGUGGGCUUGUAAAUGAAUCAUGUAGUGAAUGGGCUUGUAAAUGAAUCAUGUAGUGAGUGGCCUUGUAAAUGAAUCAUGCAGUGAGUGGGCUUGUAAAUGAAUCAUGUAGUGAGAGGGCUUGUAAAUGAAUCGUGUAGUGAGUGGGCUUGUAAAUGAAUCAUGCAGUGAGUGGGCUUGUAAAUGAAUCGUGUAUUGAGUGGGCUUGUAAAUGAAUCAUGUAGUGAGUGGGCUUGUAAAUGAAUCAUGUAGUGAGUGGGCUUGUAAAUGAAUCAUGUAGUGAAUGGGCUUGUAAAUGAAUCAUGUAGUGAGUGGGCUUGUAAAUGAAUCAUGCAGUAAGUGGGCUUGUAAAUGAAUCAUGUAGUGAGUGGGCUUGUAAAUGAAUCGUGUAACGAGUGGGCUUGUAAAUGAAUCAUGUAGUGAGUGGGCUUGUAAAUGAAUCAUGUAGUGAAUGGGCUUGUAAAUGAAUCAUGUAGUGAGUGGGCUUGUAAAUGAAUCAUGUAGUGAGUGGGCUUGUAAAUGAAUCAUGUAGUGAGUGGGCUUGUAAAUGAAUCAUGCAGUGAGUGGGCUUGUAAAUGAAUCAUGUAGUGAGUGGGCUUGUAAAUGAAUCGUGUAACGAGUGGGCUUGUAAAUGAAUCAUGUAGUGAGUGGGCUUGUAAAUGAAUCAUGUAGUGAGUGGGUUUGUAAAUGAAUCAUGUAGUGAGUGGGCUUGUAAAUGAAUCAUGUAGUGAAUGGGCUUGUAAAUGAAUCAUAAUAAUAAUAAUAAUAAAGUUCAUUUAAAAAAAACACGCUUCAUCCCCAAAGGCUCGAAGCGCGGUACAAAGUCAACAAAAAACAAUCUAUAAUUCACCACAUUUAAAACAAACACAACACUACAAAAACUAAUUACAAGCAUACAAUAUCAAAGUCUUUCUGGCCAUUUCAACACUAAGCAACACAGCAACACAUGGAAAAUAAGGUAGACAAUCAUCCCAGAAGGUAUUUGCGAAAUAGAUGUGUCUUUAGAUCUGUUUUAAAGGACUCCAGUGUCUGGUUGUUUCUAAGAUCGACAGGAAGGGCGUUCCAAAUUGUUGGACCAGCAAAUGCGAAAGUGCGCUUUCCGUAAGUCUCAAGGCAAACACGUGGUGUCGAGAGUUUGCCACUAUCGGAUGAGCGGAGCUCUCUACUGGGUACAUAAGGCGUCAGCAGCUCUUUCAGGUAGGACGGCGCCAGGUCAUGUAAGCAGCGGUAGCACAAAGUUGCGAUUUUGUACUCUAUGCGAGCACGCACCGGCAGCCAAUGCAACUCUCUCAGAAGUGUUUUUGCAUGGUCGAAUUUGCGUUUGCGGAGAACUAUGCGAGCCGCAUUAUUCUGUGCUAUUUGAAUUUUAUCCAGGAGCGUAGCUGGAAGACCCACCAUGAGAGCAUUGCAAUAGUCCAUGCGUGAUAGCACAAAUGCAGACAUCAGCCUCUUUGUUGUAUCAAUUGUUAGGAAGGGCCUGAUUUGACUAAUCCUGCGCAGCUCCAGAAAAAUCGCCCUGCAUAGCAUGUUAAUAUGACUUUCAAAAGUUAGUCUUCUAUCUAGGUAGACACCCAGGUACCGCACUGUUUGAGCUAACUCAAUACGCACACCUGAGAGAGUAAUGGAUGUCGUGUUAUGUGCAGAUUUCUGCUUCUGAGCGGUCGCAAUGGGGAGCAGCUCAGUCUUAUCAUCAUUUAAUUUGAGCUUGUUAAUGGUCAUCCAGUGCUUUACCGACUCCAUUGUUUUCUGUGUAAUACUGAGCAGCUGAGGGAACUGAGAAGUGAUCACGGAUUGAUGAAGUUGUGUAUCGUCCGCGAACAUGUGAUACAACAUGUCAAACUGCCUGAUCUCUGCACCCAGGGGCUGAAUGUACAUCGUGAAAAGCAUCGGGCCUAGGACCGAGCCCUGGGGUACUCCAAAUUCGAGAUUAGAUUUCUUCGAGGUCAAGCCGUUUGAAAUAACCGACUGGACCCGAUUAGUCAGAUACGAAUCAUGUAGUGAGUGGGCUUGUAAAUGAAUCGUGUAACGAGUGGGCUUGUAAAUGAAUCAUGUAGUGAGUGGGCUUGUAAAUGAAUCAUGUAGUGAAUGGGCUUGUAAAUGAACCAUGUAGUGAGUGGGCUUGUAAAUGAAUCAUGUAGUGAGUGGGCUUGUAAAUGAAUCAUGCAGUGAGUGGGCUUGUAAAUGAAUCAUGCAGUGAGUGGGCUUGUAAAUGAAUCAUGUAGUGAGUGGGCUUGUAAAUGAAUCGUGUAGUGCGUGGGCUUGUAAAUGAAUCAUGUAGUGAGUGGGCUUGUAAAGGAAUCAUGCAGUGAGUGGGCUUGUAAAUGAAUCAUGUAGUGAGUGGGCUUGUAAAGGAAUCAUUUAGUGAGUGGGCUUGUAAAGGAAUCAUGUGUAGUGAUUGUGAUUUUAAAUAAAUCAUGUGUUGUGGGCUUGUGAAUAAAUCAUGUGUAGUAAGUGGGAUUUUAAAGAAUAAUGUAGUGACUGGGCUUUUAAAUGAAUCAUUUGUAAUAGACCAGUACAUAAUAAAGUAGAUCACUCUAAUAGUAAAUAAUACUAUGUUGAUUUAAGUGCCCAGGAAAUAGUCAACAAAUUCAAGGAGCUGGACAAAGAUGGCAGUGGUCAGCUAGACGCUGAAGAGGCCAGGAUUGGCUUGAAAGAGAUCAAAACUGCCACUGGUCGUCAACUGGCGGACAAGGAAGUGGAGUUCUUCAUUCAGACGACGUGUGGGGAGAACGGUGUCAUAGACCUGGGACAGUUUACCAACCUGUUGUACAGACUUAAACUCUACAAUGCCCCACCUCCUAAGUAGGCCACAGCACCAGCUGAACAUAGGACAUUCACAACAGGUGAAAAGUGACAUUGUCAGUUUAGGACAAGACUUUUAGGUAGAAGACAAAUAACUCAUAUAAUCUGAUUAUGCCAUAAGUUUAGAAAGAGAAAAUUAGGUCAAGAAGUUUUUUUUUUUAAAAUUGCAUUUAUUAACUUUAACACUAACAGCUAAAAAAAAUAAAUGAAAAAGCCAUAUUUUGAUUUCUGAGUUCUCGCUACUAUAACAUCUUUCCAAAGUAAUUUAUUUGUAAAUUUUUUAAAUUACUACCAAAUAAAAAACAGUGUCACGUGAUCAAUCAAAUUAUUGAAAGGUUUUCUUUUGUUUAAUUAUAUUAAAUAGAUUUAGAGAUGUUAAUGAAAUCUGGUCCUCUUUCUGUCUCUGCCUGAAAGUUCUACCAUUGUCUUAAGGAAUUACAAACUGAACAAUUAGUCAGUGAUCCAUGUAAUCCAAUCAAUAAUUCAAAUUUCCAUUUUCAAAUUUGUAUUCAAUGUAUGACUAAACAUUUUCUUAUCCAAUGGCUCAAUUGUUUUUGUUUGUUUCAUUUUUCAUUUUUAAGCUGAAAUUGAUUUUAAUUUACAAAAUCCUCAUUUUUUAGGUUGAUCUUUUAUUAUAUUAUUUUAUUAUGUUAACAUUUACGGUACAUUUUGCAAUAUUUAUUUACAUAACAUUGUGUUCUGUUUUUUUUCUAUUUUUACUUGAUGAUGAACAAUUUAUUAAACUUUUUGUUUGUGAUAAUAAUCUAAACUUUUUUCAUCUUCUUAAAUAACUUUCAUUAUAAAAUAUUCUAAUAUCUUUCCUCUGAAAUCUGUUAUUUUGUUUGUGUACUGCACUUCUUUGUCUUACAAGUCUUACAAAUAUUUUAAAAUAUUCUUACACUAAAAUUAUGUCAAGGUAACCAGUAAUAUUAAACUGGGUCCCAAAAUUUUCACAAUAUGCUCAUUCUGAAAGAACUGAAAGUUAAUUAUUACUAUUAAGAUCCCAUUUUAUCUUGCAAAAUGAGAAUUUAAUUAUUUUACAUGUUUCAAAAAACAAUUAUUUUUUUUUAUUCAAGACCUUGUCACAAUUUGAAUUAAUGCUGACCUUGUCACAAUUUGAAUUUUUGCUGACCUUGUCACAAUUUGAAUUAAUGCUGACCUUGUCACAAUUUGAAUCUUUGCUGACCUCGUCACAAUUUGAAUUUAUGCUGACCUUGUCACAAUUUGAAUUUAUGUUGACCAAUACACUGAUAAAAAAAAAAAGAGUUAUAGGUAUGUCAAUAUAUCUGUUCAUAAAUACACAAAAUACUGGUUGUGUAUUUACAUAUUUCAAUUUUGGUGUACAGUAUUUUACUGAACAAUUUCCACAUUUCUGUUCAUGUAUGGCACAAACUAUCAAUAAAAUAUUUGC